AUGAAGUUCGGCGAGCAGUUGCGGUCAAGCAUCAUCCGAGAGUACCAGUGGUACUACAUCGACUACAAUGGCCUCAAGGGCGAGCUGAGGGAUGCUACAGGCCCUCUGGCCGCGAAUGGCUCCGGCCACAAGGAGUGGACCGAGGAUGACGAGACGCGCUUCGUGGGCAAGCUGGAGACGGAGCUCGAAAAGGUUCACACCAAGCAGCAGGUCAAGGCCAUGGAGAUUUCCCGCCGCAUUGCCGUCAGCGAGCGGGAGGUCAAGGACGUUGUCAACCGGUUGAACGAGCGCGGCCUCGGCGAAGAUGGACCCAGCGAGGAGGAAUUCUUGCUGCUGGAGGAGGACCUGAGUGACAUCAUUGCCGAUGUCCACGACCUGGCCAAAUUUGUCCAGCUCAAUUACACUGGCUUUUACAAGAUUAUCAAGAAGCACGAUAAAUUGACUGGAUGGCACCUCCGUCCCGCUUUCGAUACCAGGCUCAAGGCCAAGCCCUUCUACAAGGAAAACUACGACGCCUCCGUCAUCAAGCUGUCCAAGCUGUAUGAUCUUGUCCGAACAAGAGGUAACCCAGUCAAGGGCGACAGCGCGGCCGGUGGCUCCCAGGCCAGCUUUAUCCGACAGACGACCAAAUACUGGGUGCAUCCCGACAAUGUGACGGAACUCAAGCUCAUUAUCCUCAAGCACUUGCCUGUCUUGGUUUUUAAUGCUAGCAAGGAGUUUGAGCAGCAGGACCAGGCCAUCACAUCCAUCUACUACGAUAAUCCCGAGAAGUGGGAUCUCUACGAGGGCCGUCUGAAGAAGACCGAAGGUGCAGAGGCUAUUCGACUUCGAUGGUAUGGUGGCAUGAAGACUGAGACCAUCUUCGUGGAGCGCAAAACUCAUCGAGAGGAUUGGACUGGAGAGAAGUCGGUCAAGGCUCGAUUUUCUAUUAAAGAGAAGAAUGUCAAUGCCUACAUGAAGGGCGAGCUGCUGCCCGCUGCCAUCUUUGAAAAGGCUCGCAAGGAGGGCAAGAAAUCGGAAAAGGCCAUUGCCGAGGACGAGAGACUUGCUGCAGAAAUCCAGUACUCCGUGCUGAAGCGCGGAUACAAGCCUGUCUGCCGCUCUUUCUACAACCGAACCGCUUUCCAGCUGCCUGCGGAUGCUCGUGUGCGAAUUUCUCUGGAUACUGAGCUGACCAUGGUUCGAGAGGACAACCUGGAUGGCCGUGCUCGCUCUGGUGACAACUGGAGACGCAUGGAUAUUGGAGUCGACUACCCCUUUUCGCAGCUGCCUCCUGAGGAUGUCGUUCGCUUCCCCUACGCCAUUCUUGAGGUGAAGCUCCAGACACAGGUUGGACAGGAGCCGCCGGAGUGGAUCAGACAGCUCAUCUCGUCUCAUCUGGUGGAGGCUGUCCCCAAGUUUUCCAAAUUCAUCCACGGCACUGCCAGCCUGUUCCCUAACCGUAUCAAGCUUCUUCCUUUCUGGAUGCCCCAGAUGGAUGUCGAUAUCCGCAAGCCCGUUACCCACGACUUUGGCAUCCGCCGACCUGAUAUUUCUGGAACGACGACGACGUCAGAUGACGAAGAAGAAGAGCUCGAUUCUGAUGACGAGGAGUUGGAUGCUGUCCGUCGCGGUGCCGGUAAUGGCGAGUCUAGCAGACACGGCGCUAGGCUUCGUGGCCCUGCCACCGACAUGGAAGGCCAGACGGUUGACUUGCCAACUGCAAACGAAGACUACCCCAUCUACGACUCUGACGACGAGUACGACGAAAACUACGAGCUGGAAGAGGCCCGCAGAGUCGGUGGCUGGCACUACUAUCGCGUCCUCUUCUCAACAAAGGCCAGUGCCGCGGCCUCUGGUGCUUGGAGCGUCUUGAAAUACGUCAUUCCGCAUCCCCACGGAAGCGAAAUCCCUCGGUCUGACAGACUGACAACGCUCUUCCGCAACAGCACGAUCCAAAACAAGAGGUUUAAAGCGCCUCCGGGCAAGAAGAUUUACGUUCCGGUUCGCGUAGAGCCCAAGGUGUAUUUUGCCGCCGAGAGGACGUUCCUUGGAUGGAUUGAAUAUUCGAUUUACAUUGGAACUAUUGCCACUACUCUUCUCAACUUUGGAGAGCACCCUACCCCGACUGCGUUUUGGAUCGCUGGAAUUUUCACGUUUUUGGCUAUCUUCAGCCUUCUCUACUCCGUGGGCAUCUAUCUCUACCGAAGCCGAUCCAUUCGCAACCGCAAGGCUGCUCGCUACUACGACCGCUGGGGACCUAGUGUGCUCUGCGUUGCUCUGUUUGUGGCUGUCGGGGCCAAUUUUGUAUAUGAAGGCCGAGAGAGAAAGUACUGGUAA